AUGGCAACCAACAUCACAUGGCACCCGUCGCUCUCGCGGCGCGAGCGCUUCGAGACCCGCGGCCAGCGCGGCAUGACCAUCUGGUUCACGGGCCUGUCGGCCUCGGGCAAGUCGACCGUGGCCACGGCUCUCGAGCAGCACCUGCUGCACCUGGGGCUGGCCUCGUACCGCCUGGACGGCGACAACGUGCGCUUCGGCCUGAACAAGGACCUGGGCUUCAGCGAGAAGGACCGGAACGAGAACAUCCGCCGCAUUGCUGAGGUCGCCAAGCUCUUCGCCGACUCGAGCACCAUCGCGCUGACGUCCUUCAUCUCGCCGUACCGGGCGGACCGCCUGGUGGCGCGCGAGCUGCACGCGGCGCAGCAGGGCGACGACGAGCCGCUGCCCUUCAUCGAGGUCUACGUCGAGGUGCCGAUCGAGGUGGCCGAGCAGCGCGACCCCAAGGGCCUGUACAAGAAGGCGCGCGCCGGCGAGAUCAAGGAGUUCACCGGCAUCUCGGCGCCCUACGAGGCCCCCGAGAACCCCGAGAUCGUCAUCAAGACCCACGAGAAGAGCGUCGAGGAGUGCGUGGCCCAGAUCGUCGAGUGGCUGCAGGCCAAGGGCUACAUCAACGUCAAGAAGGCGUAG